AUGAAGAUCUUCUCAUCAACAUACGAGUUUGACUACUCAUGGGAAGAAGUCACGACAAACAAUUGGCGGAAAUACUGCCCGUGGAACGAUAAAGCCUCCCAUGUCCUAGGUGUGGACACACUAUCUCGCCAUAUCGAUGCCGCCACCGGAAUUCUACGUACGGAAAGGUUGAUCACAUGCAGACAGACUGCUCCCCAGUGGGUUUUGACCCUGUUGGGCGGAGAUACGACAAGCUAUGUGUAUGAGGUGUCUUAUGUAGAUCCCACCACGAAAAAAGUCACUAUGGUUAGCACCAAUAUGACAUGGUCCAACUUGCUACAAUGUCGAGAAACGGUGGUGUAUCAACCUUCAUCUUCGGACGUUCAUGGAAAGACAGAGUUCAAACAAGAAGCUAAAAUCAUUGCCCUCUGCGGUGGGUGGCAAAAGAUCCGGACCAAGAUCGAAGAAGCCAGUGUUGAACGAUUCCGGGAAAACGCAGCACGAGGACGGGAGGGGUUUGAAAUGGUCCUCGAAAUGUCCCGAAGAGUGUUUGGUGAAGAACGUGAAAAGAUCAAGCUCGGACAACCUAUCACCAUCUGA